UGUUGGAGAAGCAUUCCAGUAUGACGCGCGUUGCCGUACACAACGAGGCGACGCGACAGAGCACGACAUCCGACGAUCCGCAUACGGUGUAACGGUCUACUUUUCACUGCCGGGAAUAUAUAUCUCAACGAAAAGCUUAGCUCGACCAUUCCGUAACUAUCGCGACGUACAACCUUCAUAAUACUUAGUAAUUAUCAGCACAUUACUAAAGGUGGUUGUCGCAGAACUCACGAACCGAGUCGAUUUUGUUAACUUUAAGAGUGAAAUGGGCUGCUUUUGAAAUAAAAAGAUUUGUGCAUAAAAAAUAAUAAUAAAGAAUAUGCAGUAGAUAACAUGUUUUUGUUCUAAUUCGUGAUUUAAUUAACAUAGACUGCAAGAUGUUUAAUAAUUCUGUGUAAAUUAAUAUGUAAACUAAAUAAUGUAGGGUGCAAAUCUGUACGUAUAAGCAUUAAACAUCAUUACGUCAAAUACAAAAAACAAAAACAAAAGUGUGUCUUAGUCAAUACAAAAAUAAUCUUAGAAUAGAGUGUGUGAAGAAAAACUAACUCUAAAUGAGAAUGGAAGACCCAAACCUCGCCGAACAGUAUGUGCAGGAAUUCGUGCUCGAUCACCUGGAGGACGGUUCAGCAACUGUUACAGCUAUUGGGGUGAAACGUGAAGAUCACAGUCCAGUGGCAGCACCAAAAAUUACUUGGACAACUACAGCAAUCACUCCGGAGGAAGAGGAAACAACUAAUCCACCCGCCAUCAAGAUGCGAUCUUUUCCACAAAGCUGGCAUAUAGACGAUCGCCGAUUGCAGCCAUUAUCCCCACCACCGGAAAUCUAUACGCACGGACCUAUGGCAGGGCAGGCAAUCCUUGUGAACACAUCGGUGCCUGGUGGAGUACCAUCGACACCGCCUGAAACCCCACCUGUUAUUAGCUCUCCUAAUGGAAGUACUUGUGUCCAAACGUAUGCAACAAUUACAAGUGCUUCAUAUCCAACACAUCGUCCACCCACCGCCAGUACUGGUCUCACACAAGAAAUGAUGUGGCUACCUAACUCCAUGCGUUCAGAUCCUCAGCCAUUAGACUUACGACCACUUGCUUGUCCCACUCAUGAGGAGGAAUGGGAGCGACAACGUGAAUACAUGCAUGCCACAGCGUCAGUUGUGGCCGCCAAUCAUCAUCAUGGACAAUUGGUGGCACAAUCGCAGCUCCAUCCCCACCACCAUCAUCAUUUUCAAUCACUAGAGCACUUAGCACCCAUCAACAUGCAUACGCCUUAUCACAGUAGUAUACCCAACGGCGCUACCAGUCUUAGCAGUGGUGGCAAUGACAGUCAGGUACCAUCUAACGCUGCAAUUACGACUUCAGUGGUUCACCUCAAUCGACCAAUGUCGGUCUGCUCUACUCGAUCAUCCACAAAUUCACCGCGCACCUGCUCCAGACAAUAUAGCACUUCCAGUAAUUUAGGUAUUGAUGACUGUAUCAGUGAUGAUUUGUUAACGACUUUGAGCGUACGAGAAUUAAAUAAACGCCUGCAUGGAUGCCCUCGUGAAGAAGUGGUGCGGCUCAAGGCUAAACGUAGGACGCUGAAAAAUCGUGGAUAUGCGCAAAGCUGUCGCUCAAAACGACUACAGCAACGGCAUGAGCUGGAGAAAACCAAUCGUCAGUUGAAUCAGGAUCUGCAUCGUUUGAAAUUAGAAUUUUCGCGUGUUUGUCAAGAGCGCGAUCACUUAAAACAACGUCUGCAAAUAAGAACGAGCGGAAAUAGUAGUGGUGUAAUUGCUGCUCUAGCGAAUGCUAGCGAUGGGAGUACACCAGGUGUGAUCACCGUUGGUCAACCACAUUGUAAUGCAGAGAGUCAAAAUUCGCCGGAGUUUUAUCUCUGACGCCAACUUUCUAUCGGAGGAGAACAUGCUGCAGCCGCCGUUGCAGUGGCCGCAGCAUCCAGCCAUCAUCUGCCACACACGCAAUCUUUACAUCGGCACUCACAUCAAUGGCCAUCACGCUACCAUCAGCAUGUACACCAACAACCAACAAGCACUGUAAUAAUCUGAAUGCGAUGUGUAGGAAAUUACUGAUAUUUUAUAAUUAGUGCACGCCGUAUUUAGUGUAAAGCAUUAAAAUAGUAAUUAUUACUUAAAACUUUUCUGUGACUUUAGUCGGCAGAAACAUCAAUGUUUGUAAGUAAAAUGGACACAAAUAGUUAUUUGAGACGUCUCCCAUUGCUCUGAGUGUCCUAGUAAUGUAUAGGCAUAUCCCAUAAACAAUCUGCACAUAAAGUUGGACUUUCAUGUAACUUGAACCUCUUUAACUCGAAGUUCUCCAUAACUCAUACUCUUGAAUUGGCAAUAGAUGUAAAAUUUCAAACGAAUUUCCUCCCAUAACUCGAAGUUUUUUGAGGAUUAUGGGUGAUUCGAGUUAGGAAAGCUUCACUGUAUAUUAAACUUAAUAUUUUUUGAUCGGAUCAGUUCCUGAGUUCGAAGUGGACACAAUAUCUUCCGGUUUAAGUUAAGCAGAAAGGGUAAAAUAAUUAUUCGAUUCGAGAUGUGUACAUACUUUUAUUUUAUUAAGAGCUAUUAGAUAAAAUCAUUCAUAAACGUUUGACAAUAAAAUAAUAAGUAUGUGUUGUGUUUAGGUCGUAAUUCUAAUAUAUGUUUGUCUAAAUACAUAUGUAUGUACGUAAAUAGGUACAUAAUUGGUAAAUCAAUUGUAGUGAAUAAAGAUAUUACAAGUAUGCAUGUCCUCCAGCUUAUGUUCAAAGCUCUGCAACAUAUUUGUCCAUUUUCAAAUUUAUGCAUUAAUUAAUUGAAUUUAAGACUUUAAAUUAAUACAUAAAUAUAUUGUGAAACAGCAAAUAAAAAUAAGUGGUGUUACCUUAAAAGAUUGGAAAAUAUUACUUGUAAAAUUCUUUAAGCAACAAUAACAUGAAAUUAAAAAAACCUUGGUUAUUGUACUAUAAAUAUCGUUAAGAAAUAUCUAAGAAUAUAUUUUUGUGAUAUUAUUGUAAUGCAAAGGAUUGGUUGAUAGCAAUAAUCAAUUGUUUCUCUCUUCUACCUCUUCUUCUAAGAAAUAUUAAUGUGGUACUUGGUAGUACGAGUAUAGUAUAUUUUAAUACAACGUGGUGAAACUCUAUCCAACACGAAAAUUUUUUAGUUGACGAAAACUAACAUGUAGAAGAGAAAAGUGAGAUAUAGGUUUGGUUAUAUUCGAUUAUCUUCAGUACCUGUAUCUAUUAUUAAGAGAGUAAAGAACUCUCAUAUAAAAGAGAAGUUUGAUCAAUGUCUCUAUCCUCCUGAUUUUUCAACAUGUAGGCAACUUUCUAUACCAUCUGCUACUACCAGUUAAUACCGCAUUUUUGAUCUGAAAAACUAGUCGACAAUAACAAUUGUUUCAUUUUUAUUUACAUUGUUGUAUAUACUUAAA